AUGGUGGGCGUUCCGGGAAGAUCGGGUGGGUGCGCGACAUGCCGAAGAAAAAAGAAAGGCUGCGACAAGAAGACCCCCUUUUGUAGUCAGUGCGUUCAAGCGGGACUGGUGUGCGAAGGGUAUGGCUGCCGCCGCCUCGUCUGGAUCAACUCAACAGAUGGCGAGAAACACAGUUACACCAAAGCUUCUAGCCUCGUACCCACACGCAGUAGCGAGGCCCCUAUCAUCACCUUACACGAGUCCCUCGCGAGAUCAGCUGGGGAGAAUAGAUAUGUGGGGCUUUUCCUCACAGCAUUCCUACCAAACGGCCGUCUCUUCUCCCGAGACGCCUCGCAGAUAUCCUCUGCGGGUUGGCUGAGGUUCCAUGACCGACUAUGUCGUUUCGAGAAAACCCUCCGAUUCAUCACUUUGGCGCACGGCCUGUCGAUGCUGGCCACGAGAGAUAAUGACUGUCAACUGAAGCUCAAAGGCCUCCAGGCACACCGCGUGGCGCUGCAGGAAAUGCGCGUGGCACUGCAGGAUCCACAAAGAGCUACUGGUGAUGGCCUUUUGGCCGCUAUUCGACUUUUCCGCUUCUACGAGAUUCUCUAUGGGGCCGAGUCAAAUGGAAAACGCCAAGCAAAUCCUCUUCCCCAGGUUAAGGGCUAUUACGCCCAUACAGACGGUGAAAUGGCCUUAUUCAUGAACAGAGGCUAUCAUAAACCAUGGAGCGAAGCGGGGAGGUACCUACUCGCGAGUGGCCGCAUUGUGUCUUUCAUUCUUAGCGUUGGCCGAAGAAAGCGGUCGCCCUUCAGUGACGUGGGAUGGGUUACAGCCCCGUGGAAUGACAUCAAAAAAUCACCCCUCGAGGAACUGACCGAUAUCAUGAUCCAAAUUCCGGGCUUAUUGGAGGACCUGGACACCAUACGAACGAUUCCUGUUGCGGAAACUUGUCCAAUAACAUGCAACGACUUACUGGACAGAUGCUCCCGCAUCGAGCAAGCAUUAAUUACAUGGAAGAUUGCCAUGAAAGAUGAUCUGAAAGUCUACGAUUACGCACAUUCAGGCAAUACCCUCGCGAUGCCACAGGUUGAUAGAGACUUCGCAGUGCUGCAUUUAAGCUUUUUCUACUGGAGCUGCUCUAUCCUCUUAUAUACUACUACCCACAUGGCCACGAUCGAGGCGCGUCGAAAUCAACUUAACAUGCGCCAUUCUCCGAUCCCAUUUUCCUCUUAUGGAUACCCCACCUACCGGGAUGAACGGAAUCCUACUUUGCACGCCGACAGGAUUAUCCACGCUAUGCCUCUAUCCUAUAGCCCCCAUGCGGGUGGCUAUGCAGCUCUUAGUUCCACUUUUCCGUUGGGUAUUGCACGUCGCUAUCUUUUGGUCGCCCAUUUUUUCCCACACGAGGGUGGUUCUCGGGGUAUACAAAAGGAGCUUUUGCAAAAGGCCUUGUCUCAGCCGUUCAUGGAGUCUUAUAGCGCACGGUUCAUUGACCAUCUUCACAAAGUCGAGACACCCACGCAAAGUCUUAAAGACCUGACGGGAUGGCGCGGGAUGGAAUCAAGGGCAACGCGAUGGUGGUUUGGGCGCGUUGAGUAA